GCCACGCCCACAGUCCGGCUGUCUUCGUCUCCUUCCUGAUUCCAGCAUUUCCAUCACCGAGCUUCAGAACCCGAUCACGCCGCUGCUGACUGUCCCUGGGCCCGAGCGUUUUGUAACAACCAUGUCGAAGAAGGCAGGAAACCGUGGGCCGGAGUACGAGGGGCCGGUGGAAGCGUCAAUUAUCCGGAUCCCGCCUCAUCACUACAUCCACGUUCUGGACCAGAACACCAACAUUGCCCGGGUGGAGAUCGGACCGUUGACCUACAUCCGCCAGGACAACGAGAGAAUUCUCUUCUCACCUGUGCGGAUGAUCAUGGUCCCGCCCCGUCACUACUGCGUGGUCCUGAACCCCGUCUCCCGCGACGACAACGCUCAGGUCCUCUUCGACCAGUCAGGUCAGGCUAAACUCCGCCACGCUGACCUGGAGAUCCGUCUGACCCAGGAACCGUUCCCUCUGUACCCUGGAGAGGAGAUCCAGAAGGAUGUGACGGCGCUGCAGAUCGUGUAUCCGGACACGGCGCUGCGUCUGCAGGCUCUGCUGGACUUUGAGGAGGAGGGCGGCGACAAAAGAGUGGCUGGAGAUGAGUGGCUGUUUGAAGGACCCGGGACCUACAUCCCCAGGAAAGAGGUGGCCGUGCUGGAGACCAUCAAGGCCACGGUAAUCCGAGAGAACCAGGCUAUCAGACUGAGAGCUCGCAAAGAGGGCGUGGACAGAGGCGGAGUCCGCAGAGUCACCGGUGAGGAGUGGCUCGUCAGUAAAGUCGGAGCGUAUCUACCCGGAGCUCAUGAAGAGGUCAUCGAUAUCGUUAACGCUUUCAUCCUGACUGACAAGAAAGCGCUCCACGUUCGUGCUCUGCGACCUUUCAAGGACACCGGCGGCCGCGACCGGCGCACGGGGGAGGAGUGGCUGGUCACCAUGGCCGACAGGGAGGCUCACAUCCCGUCUGUGUCGGAGGAGGUGGUGGGCGUGGUGGACGUGACCACGCUGAGCAGCAGACAGUACUGCGUGAUCCUGGACCCGGUGGGACCGGACGGGAAACCUCAGCUGGGUCAGAAACGGGUGGUGAAGGUGAGCGGGCGUCCGUUUGUCUGUCAGUGGGUGACAGACAAACGUUCUCUUGGACCUGAUUAGAUUUUAGUGGUCAGAGGUCGAAGUUCAGAGAUCGCUGUGACCUCACAACGAGACAAUGGCCGUUUCUCAAUGCGUACUCCCGUACAUGUGAAAACGUCAUCAGGUAAA